AUGAAACCAGAACCCCAGAGGGUGAGCCUAUGUUUGGGGGCGCAAUAUGGCUUCAAUGACGAUCCAGGCCUGCCUCCGGGACCCUACCUGGACUGGAUGGCAUCCAUACCUGAUGACACGCCCCUGUCGGCCAUCGCCAUCCCGGGGACACAUGAAAGUCUGACUCUACAUGGGGGACCGCUCGCCGUCUGUCAAGUCUGGUCCCUGGAGAAGCAGCUCAAAGUUGGGGUCCGAUAUUUGGACUUGCAUGCCGGGAUCUGGCUUCCCACCCAGACAGAAAUCCAGAUCCGAGAUGGGCACUGGAUGUUCUCGCAGGGCACAAAUUUGGCCGAAGUCCUGCGGAAGGUGUCCGGCUUCCUACAGAACCACAGAACCGAGGCCGUGCUCCUCAAAGUGACCGCGCACGGGUUCUACAAGGCCCGGGUGGAGCGGCUGGUCCUGGGCCUUCUCCUAAAGUACGGAGACCGAGUUUGGACCGGCCAGAAGGUCCCCACCCUGAAGGAGGCCCGGGGCCGGAUGGUGCUCCUGAGGAGCGACACGGUCCGGUCCGGAACACAGAACCACCGGUCCUCCUUCUUUGACUCUGGCAAGCUGAAACACGUCGAGAGGGAAAGGAAGCGGGUCAAGCUGUGGCUCUGCGAGCGCCAGGCCGUGGUCACCGAGGUAACGGCGGGCGCCCUGAGGAGUGUCAAGGCGGCGGCCCGGGCAGUCAACCGGCAGCUGGCGGAUAUCCUGCAGGGCAACCGGGGCCACCCGGAGGAAGGCUGCCUGGGGGUGCUCAGCCUGGACUUCCCCAGUGCCCAGCUCAUCACAGCCAUCGCCCAGCUCAGACCAUGUGACUGCGCCCGGCCAAUAGGAGGAGAGAAGGGGGAGGAGCCUAACCAGCACCUGAUCCACAACCUGAACCACAACCUGAGCCGGAACCUGAGCCAGAGCCAGAACCAGAACCACAACCUGAACCUGAGCCUGAGCCAGAACCAGAACCAGAACCAGAACCAGAACCAGAACCAGAACCCGAACCAGAACCAGAACCCGAACCCGAACCACAACCUGAACCAGAACCAGAACCCGAACCAGCACCUGAUCCACAGCCUGAGCCAGAGCCAGAACCAGAACCAGCACCACAACCUGAACCAGAACCAGAACCAGAACCUGAUCCACAACCUGAGCCGGAACCUGAGCCAGAACCUGAACCACAACCUGAGCCGGAACCUGAGCCGGAACCUGAGCCAGAGCCUGAACCACAACCAGAACCACAACCUGAACCAGAACCAGAACCCGAACCACAACCUGAACCAGAACCUGAGCCAGAACCAGCACCUGAUCCACAACCUGAGCCGGAACCUGAGCCAGAACCUGAACCACAACCUGAGCCGGAACCUCUUGGCGCUCUGCUUCCUGCUGGGCGUCGGCGCCGGGCUGCUGGUGGCGCUCGGCCUCCUGGUGCUCAGCAUCACCUGCCGGCCCAAACGCCGGGCGCCGCCCCCCCCAGAACGGCGGCGGCUGAAGGAGUCCAGUGAGGAGGAGGAGGAUGAGGAGGAAGAGGAGGAGGAGGGAGGGGAGGAUGAGGAGCUGCAGAGGCGUCUGGAGGAGAGGGAGCGCAUCGUCAGGGAGAUCUGGAAGAGCGGGCAGCCGGCGUCCGGCUGA